UCAGCAGGCUUGUGGUAUUUUGUGUUCGGUUUAUUUUGUUUUGUUUUAUAACAAAAACAAGCAGCGGGCUGAGAAACGAAAGCUGGCUGGGCCAUUCUCAGCAUUGGCCGGAGCCGCCUGAACCCUCCCUGCGGCCGGGCGGCUGCUGGAAGCCUGGAGACUUCUUUCUUGGCCAGACAGUUUUGAUUAAAGCCGGUGCUAAGCAGGCUGUCCGGGGGCAGAGCAGCCUCACUCCAGCUCCUCUCGGCUCCGGACGGCAGCGGCAUGGUGCUGCGGGGAGCCUGCCUGCUCCUCUGCCUCAUCUCCCUCGCCCAGGUCUCCGGCCAGCAAAACGGCAAGGGGCGGCAGAAGCCGGCGGCGGCCAAGAAAGAUGGUGUAAGCCUCAAAAUGAUUGAAGACCUGAAGGCCAUGAUUGACAACAUCUCUCAGGAGGUUGCUCUACUGAAGGAAAAGCAAGCACUUCAGACAGUCUGCCUGAAAGGCACCAAAAUUCACCUAAAAUGCUACCUGGCGUUCUCUGAGAGCAAGACGUACCACGAGGCCAGCGAGCACUGCAUCUCGCAGGGCGGCACGCUCGGCACGCCGCAGAGCGGGGAGGAGAACGACGCGCUCUACGACUACAUGCGCAAGAGCAUCGGGGCCGAGGUGGAGAUCUGGCUGGGCCUCAACGACAUGGCAGCCGAGGGCAAGUGGGUCGACAUGGCGGGCAGCCCUGUCCGCUACAAGAACUGGGAGACCGAGAUCACCACCCAGCCUGACGGCGGCAAGCUGGAAAACUGCGCGGCCCUGUCGGGGGCGGCGGUGGGCAAGUGGUUUGACAAGAGGUGCAAGGAGCAGCUGCCGUACGUCUGCCAGUUCAUGAUCGUGUAGCGGGGCCGUAUAGAGCUAUAGAGUGGCUACGUGCACACCCAGGUGUACACGCACACACGCAGGCCCGCACGCACCUUCAUGUAGCACCACGGCCUGGGCAGCCGCCACGGCCCGGCCUCAGGUCGGAGCUGUGCUGCCUUUCACUUGGCCGCAGCCAGCCCCAUUCACAUCCUUCCCCCUAAGGCAUGAUUCAUAGAUAUAUUUUUGUACACAGGAAAUUUACAAGGUGGUUUCGGCGAAGAACCAGCACGACAACCCAGCCUUGCCAACAACUGUUUCAUUGGCCUGGGCUGUCGCUCUGCAGUCUCCGUUCCCACCUCGCUGAACCUUGCUGGGACACCGGCAAUGCCAGUCUGUGCCUUCUCCUCCAGCUUUGCUCCCCUGCAAGUCCCAGUUCAGGGAUCGGGUCCUGUCUCAGAGAGCAGAGGGUGUUAAUUUCUGCCUUGUGCUGAGACACUUGUCAGCCCAGUACCAUAUUGCUCAAUGGCCUGAUGUGCUGAGAAGAAGUGUGUCCAUCCCAAAAGCAUCCCCCAUUCUUUGACCAUUUUCUCACCAGUAAGAAGAAAACGUUUCACUGACUUCAGUGGGGGAGCUAGCCCCAGCAUCUGACCUUUUAAAAAAAAAAUCCCACCACAAGCUUCAUUUAUGCUCAGUCAAAUAUGUUCUUGGAAGUAGAAGGUGAAACAAUUGCAUAAAAUAACAAAAAUGUAAAGCUGCUAGGGAAUAUGCUGCAAUAUAAAAGACAACUGUCUAUCAAAAAUGAACCCUGAGAAGUCUGACUUUAGCCACUGAAGGAAUCAUAUAGCUUGUUUUAAUGAUGGAAGCCCAGCUGAAAUGCUUGGCAAACACAAACCUGCUGAGUUUCAGUUUGUGCCCGUAGAGUCGCCCUGAGCUGAAGAUCUGGCCUUGGUAAAUUUUUGCUGAGAAAAGGGUUAAAAAAAAUAAAGAAAGAAAUAGAAACAAUGGGAAAGGAUUGCAGAGCACCCUGACAGCUUAACACAGCCUUGUUGGCAUUGAUUUGCUGACUGCUGGCUGAAAUGCAUCAGCGGUUCCUUGAAGUCCAGCGCUUGGUACUGGCCCUGCCCUUCAGGCUACACGUCCCCGGCACGGCCAGACGGAGGGCAUCCCAAUGGGACUCAGGCUCAUAGUGAGACAAAUUUUGAUUUGUUGCUUUGCUUGAAAAUAGCACAGUGGUGGGUCUUCAAAACAUCAUGUGGGAGAGCCAAGCCGGAGGGGUCAAAAGCACACACACAGUGCAUACUUCCUAGGCUGUCAUUAUUGCCAAACUUUCUGCUGUUCAAAUGAAUAUAAAAUAAACAUAUAAAUAGCUUGCUGAAGGAACGAA